AGAACAAGACUCAACACACCCUCUCUCUAGACCCGUCUCUCUCUUUCUCUCCCGACGAGCAUCGACUGUUUGAAAACUACUAGAAGAAACCCCACCAUGGCAACAAGGAUUGCUGUGAGGUAUGUACCACGUAGGCUCUGGAGCAGUGGCAAAAUACUCAGUGAGGAGGAAAAAGCUGCUGAAAAUGUCUACAUUAAGAAAACUGAGCAAGAGAAACUGGAGAAGCUCGCACGCAAGGGCCCUAAACCAGAAGAAAAACCAGCAACAAGCUCGGGCGGUUCAGGGUCUGUGUCUGAUACUAAACCAAGUGGUCACACCUCCUCAACAACUGGAGUAUCAACUGAUAAGUAUCGAAACUAUGCAGUUGUAGCUGGUGUCGUAACUGGUCUUGGUGCUCUCGGAUGGUACCUUAAAUCAAAUAAAACGAAACCGGAAGAGGUUCAGGACUGAGGUUGAUUUGCUUGGUUAAGAAACCGUGGAAUCAGUGAUUGUUUCAGACUUCUGGCUUUCUUUCGGUAAUUAGGUGAAAAAUAAAAAAACUCUAAUGUCAGUACUGUAUUUCAUCAUAUUACUUGAUAUGGGUUUUGUCCAUCUUGGCUGGAAAUACGAAUGGUAUCCAUAUUGGCUGGAUAUGCAAGAAACUUAUACGUCACUCACUGGGAGUUUAACUGGGUUUUGCUUUUAGUCAGAAUAUAACUGAGUUUGAUGGAGGAAAUUUCUGUGGUGUUGCUAAUUUUGUUGAUGGCUUUCCUUCUGCCUGGUUUUAUCUUUAGAUAUUAAUUGACCCUUU